CCGCCAUCGCCCAGGGCUGGUUCCUGUGAGGACGCGGUCUGACACGCCUCCAGCCAUCUUACCGAAUCCCACGCCGUCGCCCCUCCCACCACACUCCACUGCCCAGCUGGGUUCGAUAAUUCAUUGAGUUGGCAAUACAGAACUCACAGAUCUUAUGAUUACUAGCCUACCAUGGCUGACCAGAGGCAGCGUGCUCUCUCCACCUCUGGGGAGUCGCUGUACCACGUGCUGGGGCUGGACAAGAACGCAACCUCAGACGACAUUAAGAAGUCCUAUCGGAAACUCGCCUUGAAGUAUCACCCCGACAAGAACCCUGACAACCCAGAGGCCGCUGACAAGUUCAAGGAGAUCAACAACGCACACGCCAUCCUCACAGACGCCACGAAGAGGAACAUCUACGACAAGUACGGCUCCCUGGGCCUCUACGUGGCCGAGCAGUUUGGUGAGGAGAACGUGAACACCUACUUCGUGCUGUCCAGCUGGUGGGCCAAGGCGCUCUUCGUCUUCUGCGGCCUCCUCACUUGCUGCUACUGCUGCUGCUGCCUCUGCUGCUGCUUCAACUGCUGCUGCGGCAAGUGCAAGCCCCGGCCGCCCGAGGGCGACGACGCCGAGGUUUACGUGUCGCCAGAGGACCUGGAGGCGCAGCUGCAGUCAGACGAGAGGGAGGCUGCAGACACGCCCAUCGUGGUCCAGCCCGCGUCCGCCACGGAGACUACCCAGCUGACGGCCGACUCGCACCCCAGCUACCACACCGACGGCUUUAACUAAGCGUGCCGCAGGGCCGCCCCCAGAACACUGACUGCAGGGCGGGGCUGGUGGGCCGCAGGGCGCAGCGCCCCAUGAGUGCCCAGCCCCUCACUCGCGCCUGGAGCCCGUCUGCCCGCCGGCCCCCUGGCUCGUGACGUGCGUAGCAUGCAGUAUUUAAAGCAGUUCCGCUACGGUCUUCUUCCUCCAACUCUUUCCCUUUUUAAUAGCAUGUAUGGGGUGAUGUUCAUGUGUGUCCCUCUCGUGGGUCCCGCUCCAGUCCUGCAGUGGCGCCACUUGCGUGCUGAGCACUGGAACCAGCCCGCAGUCGCCCUGGGCCCGUGGGAACCCCCCUCUCCGGCUCCCCCUUGGGGGCCGUUUGCACAGGACCCGCUUGCCCCCACGUACUGCACCUGUGGGCGGUCCCAUGGGUGACAUCGUCGUCGUGGCAACGUAGGAAGCGUCCCUCUCGAUGUUGAAACCAAAUUCUUCGCCCUGUGUUUGUGGCUGUAGCUUUGUGUCUCGGGACUCCGAGGGUCCUGCUCCUCCAGGCACCCUGCCCCUUGUGCUUUCCCACCACCACCCGCUGGUGGUCUGCUGCCCCCUGGGGCAGGGCCAGUGGGCGCGCAGGGCCGGUGGGCACAUUCCCGAGCUGCCUGCGGUCCACUCCACAUUCCUUCCUUUUGUGAUUGGGGACCUCCUGGAACCACAGUGGUGGCACCAGCUCCCACCAGUGGGGCUUGCACUUUCUGCGAGUGGCUUCUCGGGCCACUCCCCCCCACCCCCAGGAAGCUGGGCAGGUCCAGGCCCCACCCCCACACUUUCUAUGAACUGUCAGCAGUCGGACUUGGGACCUGGACUGGUGGGCGCAGCCCUGCACUCAGAGAGCGGAGGCUGGGGCCUGGGUUCUGGUGUGGCCCUGUAGCCCUCGGGGGACAAGAAAGGAGGAUGUUUCCUGCCCUCCAGGGCCUGGAGAGGCUUGCGAGCCGAACAGAAAGUGGCCAAGAAAGUGAGGCGAGCCAGAGGCGGCCCGCAGAGUGACCCUGAGCCCUCCAUGGAAGGAAGGUGGACACUGCUGGUGAACUGAGAGCCCCCCAGGAGGGUAGGCCUGCCUACACACUUUGCCCAGCUGGAGAAAAGCCAACAACAAACAGACGACCAAGAACAGCUGGCUUGCAGUGCGUGCUGUGCGAGGCAGUGGUGCUUCUCUGGAAGCAGCAGAGGAAGGGAGUCAUGUGCCCCAAUGACCAAGGGCCAAGCUCAGCUGUGCCCUUGAGCUGUGAGGUAGAAAGAUGGUGGCCAGGGACCUGGCCUCUCCUCUUGGGCUGAGUUACACCUAGCCCCCACCCACCCCACCCGACCCUCCCCACUGGCAGCUCUGGCGGGAACCCAGCCCUUUUCUCGUGUGUCAAAGUGAGUCCCAGUCAGAGUCCCUUCCACGAGCCCUUGGUCCCCGCCUUUUACGGGAGUGGGCAGGCCAUGCCGGCCCUGGUCUUUCUCUGUAGAAUUUGUAAAAACUAAAUAAAUGAUGAUGACCAGAA